CUAAAUUCGAAGAGUUGAACAUGGAUCUGUUCAAGAAAUGUAUGGAACCUGUUGAGCUGUGUUUGACAGAUGCUAAGAUGGACAAGAACAGCAUUCAAGAAAUUGUUCUCGUGGGUGGGUCCACUCGAAUUCCCAAGAUUCAGUCUCUACUGCGAGAUUUAUUUAAUGGGAAGAAACUCUGUAAGAACAUCAACCCUGAUGAGGCUGUAGCGGAUGGUGCUGCAGUGCAAGCUGCUAUUCUGAAUGGUGAAGUUAGUGAGAAGGUGCAGGACUUGGUGUUGAUGGAUGUCACCCCUCUUUCUCUCGGUGUUGAGAGUCUUGAGACGAUAGGAAGUGUUUUGAGCGUGGUGGUCCCAAGGAACACAGCCAUUCCCACCAAGAAACAAAAGGUCUACACUACCGCCGAGGAUUAUCAAACUAACGUGAGUAUUCGGGUGUACGAGGGUGAGAGAAUUAGAACUAAGGACAAUAACUUGUUGGGUACCUUCGCGUUAUAUGGAAUUCCUCCAGCACCUCGUCACGUUGCUAAGAAUACAGAAACCUUUGUUAUUGAUGCAGACGGUAUAAUGACUGUUUGCUGAGAACAAGGAAUCAGGGAGCAAGAAUAUGAUUACGAUUAAAAACAACAAAGAGGGGUUGUCAUCCUCUGAGAUUAAGAGGAUGGUUCAGGAGGCUGAGAAAUACAAGUCAGAUGAUGAAAAACACAGUAAGAAGGUAGAAUUAAGGAACAUCUUUGAGAUAUAUGCA